ACCCGUACCCGUGUGUGUGUGUGUGUGUCUUUCUAGCGCAUCCAAGGCCAAACACCGGCAAAAGAUUGUGCUGCCAUCAACAGAAAAGGCCAGGCCGCACAUUGUGGGGUGGCGGCGCAUCGCCCCCGCUGGUGUCUGUCGUGCGGGAGCCACGAGGAAGAAGGAUGUACAGCUUCAUGGGAGGGGGCCUCUUCUGCGCCAUCGUGGGCAACAUCCUGCUGGUGGUCUCCACCGCCACCGACUACUGGAUGCAGUACCGCGUGUCCAGCAGCUACGCCCACCAGGGCCUGUGGAGGUACUGCGUGGCCAACAAGUGCUACAUGCAGACGGACAACAUAGCCUACUGGACCGCCACCAAGGCCUUCAUGAUCCUGUCUGGCAUGGCCUGCUUUGCCGGCGUCAUCGCCGGCCUCAUGUCCUUUUCUCACUUCUCCUCCUUUGGAAGAUUCAAUCGCUCCUUUGCUGCGGGAAUCCUCUUUUUCAUCUCCACCUUAUUUGUGCUGCUGGCGAUGUCCAUCUACACGGCGGUGACCAUCAACUUCCUGGGCAGACGUUUUGGGGACUGGCGCUUCUCCUGGUCUUACAUCCUGGGCUGGGUGGCCGUGCUCAUGACCUUCUUCGCAGGUGUUUUCUACAUCUGCGCCUACAGGAUGUGCGAGUGCAGGAGAACGACGCGUUAGAAAGAGUGAAACAACUCCAAAAAUGGCCACAAGAGGGAAGCAAAGAACCAUAAAAUUAUGUGAACGUAUGAAGUUUUUUUUUUGCG